AUGAAGAUUCUAAUCUUUUUGUUGGCGGUGACACUUUUUGAGACAUCGCAGGGACUGAUUGAACCAUAUGAUUCAAAUAUCUGUCGAUUGUUUAAAAAUGGUGUAAAACUACGUAACCCUGGUAAAUGUGAUUCCUAUAUUACCUGUCAAGAUGGUGUCGCAAAAAUUACCGAAUGCAAAGGAAAAUACUUUAACAAAGAAACUGGCAAAUGCGUUACAAAAGUACCAGAUUCAUACUGCAAAGAUCCAUGUACUAAAAAAUCACCAUUUUGGGAAAAAGAUCCAAAAUCUUGUGAAGGUUAUUUUACAUGUCGUCCAGAGGGUGGCGUUCAGGAAUACUGUCCCGAUGACUUAGAUUUUGAUUAUAAACAACAAGCUUGUGUAUAUAAAUCGGAUUCAAAUUGUAAAGGCUUUGACAUUUGUGACAUUGCACCAAAUAAUAUGCCAUUUAAGAACGAAAAUAACUGUCAAAGAUAUUAUACAUGUGUCAAGAAUAAAGUAACUGAAAAAGUUUGUGAGAAACAAUAUUAUGACGUACAAAAAGGUUGUACUAAAAAAUCUGAAGUUGAAUGCUUAAACCAUCCGAUUCCAGAAAACGCUUGCGGAACACCUAAACAUCCAGCUCGAGAUCAAUUCGUCAGUGAUGAACUAACAUGUUGUAAAUAUUAUUACUGUAAAGAUAAGGGUGAUAAUGUUGUGGAUGAAUCACCACAACUUGGCCAGUGCCCAGAGGGUAAAUUUUUUGACAGCGCGCAACAGGCAUGUUAUACAGCUGAAAAUGUCAGAUGUGACGAAGAUCGAUGUGAUGGAAUGAAUCGUAGCAAAGUUAUUAGUUCAGAUGAAGGUUGUCAGCAUUAUUUAUUAUGCGAUAAAGGAGUUACUGUAGGAAAAGAAAAAUGCCCUGAUGGACAGUAUUUUGAUUCAAGCUCUAUGGAGUGUACAACUACAGUUCAAAAUUAUCUAGCAUGUACUUCCUGAAAA